AUGUCGAACAGUUUGAAGCCAUUGAGACCAUGGGAGCAAAAUGUUUUUAAUGUGCGAAAAGUUUUGAGACCAGUGGCGGCGUGGCCAGGUCGUUGGCAAUCUCCGAGGCUUUCGAGACCGGUGCAAGUUGGAAAAAUAACAGUAGCAGAGGAAAUUGGUCUGGCAAUAAUAAUAAUAGAAAUAAUAAUAGAUGGAAAGGAGGUUUCAGAGGGGGUGCAAAUCGUAGGAGGGGAUCUUACAACGGGGGCCAGUCAUUGCCAGCAGAGUGAUACUUCAUCACAAAGUAAUACAUCAUAUUUGCCCCCUCCUGAAUUCAGUGGCAGUACAAAAAAAUCUUAUAAUGGUAAUAAUGGAAUGGUACAGACGACGUUAUUUGAUGUUCCUUCACCAUAUGCUGGCUGGAAAAUAUUCAUGACUGAUGAAGUAUAUUCAGCAACGUCAGAGGUGACAAAUAAAAUUGAGACUUUCUUGAAAUAUGUCAGAAAGAAUAAACAUCUCUGGAAUUUGGUUAAAUGUUUUUUUUAUACUGUUAUGUAA